UUGCUCGCAGUUCCACGUACCGCGCCGUUGCAAGCUGGCGCGUCCUCUCGCGACGUAAACAAAGAAAUCGCGAAUUUGAAUUUCGAACGCGUUCCGUUUGACUUUUGUUUUUUAAUUCUGUUUCAUUGAUUUUAUAAACUGUCAUAAACGAUUAUGUGAUUGGCCGCAAAAUUUCUUUGUAAACAAAAAUAUUAUAUUCGCAAUACUUGUAUUCUUUAUUUGACGUCUCGGUCAGCUGUUGAGUGAAAUGUUUGUGCGUUUUUAAUUUUAGAACGUGUGCACACUGUUGUUUAUGUUUUUAAAAAGUAUUUUUCGGACUGUGAUAAACAAAGACUUUUUUAUUUUUUUUAUGCGCACUUUUAGUGUUUUCUGAUUAUUUGAAUUUCGAAUAAAACUUUUUCAUAACAGAACCUUCUUUCCGUAUCGAAUCGUCGAUCACGCAAGCGUCUGAAAUUUUUUGAAUCGAAUUAUAUUAACGUGCCAAGUGGUUUUGGACCUUAGUGAUAAUACAUUACGGUGCAUUUUCCGAACUUUCUCCGAUGUAAUGUAUACCGAGUCAGGGGUUAACUAAAUUCGUAAACCCGAUUUAAUUUUAAUGUGUUUAAAAGAAACUGAUAUUUGAAUUUUAGAUUGUCCCGAAUCGACGUCAAAGGUGACUUGUUAGAGAUUUUUCCGCGAAAAGUGACAAUAUUGGCCAAGUACCAAAAACCGACUAAAGUGACUAAAUGGCGGGCAAAAUGUGUUCAACCCUAGUGCGCGCGGGGAGGAAGUGACGUCAGAGCAAAAUGUCUCCAGACAAACGCAAGAGGAGGGUAGAAGAAGUGAAAUUUAGCAAAACAAGGACUCGGAUAUAGCGGAAGUGGAAUAUUUUUAAUUUCAAGAUCUCAGUAGUUCUCUAUAAUUAGUUAAAAUGAUUGCUUUGAAGAAACUUUAUGGGGACGAACUCCUGCGCAUCGCUCUGGUAUUGAGUCUCCUCAAAGUCGACCCCAACGACUAUUUGGAAGGAGACACUCAACUCCUAGCAGGGCUGAACAUUUCGAACGGCUCCGACUGGUCCCUCGAGCAGGAAGCUCGGACCCUCAUCCGUCCGAGAUACGUCCACCCGAAAUCUCUCGACAACAUCCUCAUCAACUACGAGAGACAACUGUUUGAAGAGUUGAACUCCCUGGGUCGGUACGGACAGAGUCUGAACAAUGCCCGGACAUGGCAUAAUGGGGGAGCGGUGCAUACAUAUUUAUUAAACGUAGCAACCGACGCCGCCCCGCUGGCAGUCGCCAACGAGACCUCAGACCAGGAUGUCUCCGCUGAUGAGAACGUAGCGCAGGAAGUCAAAGUCAGCGAUGAGUCCGACGUCGAGUCCUCAGACUCAGCGCCAGUGGACUCAGCCGACGCCGUCGUCACGCUCUCAGCAGGCUUUCUCGAAAACCACACAGACGUUUUCGCUGAAAUAGCAACGCGAUCGUUCGACGUCAAUGAAUUUCUUGUUCAGCCUAAUAUGGAUAUCAAAAAGGAGCCUGAUGAUAUUCUGGACGUCCACGUCAAGAAAGAGACGGAUGAUGACGUCUUUUACAACGAUAAUGCGAUAGACUACGCACCGUAUUUCACAGCGAAGACCGAGAAGAUGGAUGUAGAGGAGGAUUCUGUUUUUCAACAAAACAUGGCGGACUUACAAGAUUACGGAGACUUGUUCAAUGUUAAAGAGUCGAAACACGAUUUGGACUUAGAUGUGAAACAACAGGAGAAUCUAGAACAAUAUCUAAUAGAUAAUCAGCCGUUGGAUGCAGAGGUUUAUGAGUUGGCGCCAAUGUUUGAAGAUGAGUUGGUUUUGGAUGUGAAAAGAGAGAGGGCUAGUACGAGCUUCACUGCUAGUUCUAGCGGUGUCAGCGACAUGGAUGUACUGUCACCUGAUGUCAAGAUGGAGCCUGAUGAAGGACAUCUCACUGGCGACGAACUGACGCAGGAGGACAUGGACCUGAUCGAGGUGCUCUGGAAGCAGGAUGUGGACAUGGGCUUCUCCCUCGAGGAUCCUAUUCAACCCGAGGGUCCGCAAGCCACCAAGGUGCUUAGUGAUGAGAUAGACAACGAACUGAAGAAGGCCCAGGAGAACCUGCUGAAGAAGAAGGAUGAGAAGGCGGAGAGGGAGAAAGUAGAGAUUGAGAAGGUGAAGGUGUCGCUACUCGACCCGGAAAUUAAGGAGGACGAUCCUUGGGCCGGACUAUCAUACACCGUCGACACUGAGACCGGUGAAUACGUGAUCCAAGGUGAACUGCCUCGCGGCCUAGUGAACGAGGAGUCCCGCUUCGAUCUGCUCGAGGAGGCGCUGCAGCUGGUGGAGCUCGGGGACGAGGCGGAGACCAAGAAUGAGCCGGCUGAGCCGCCGGUAGAGGGCAGCAGCAGCGGCGAGGGCGCGAUGCUGCACCCAGCGAUGCGGCACGUGCCGCACCACCCGCUCGCGCACUACCACAACCAGUCGUUAAUGCGAUCGAUGUCGGUGGAGCAGCGGUGGCAGGACCUGGCUUCGCUGCUGACGAUACCACCACCGCCGGAGCAGUACCAGCAUUAUCACCAUCACCAUCAGCAUCCGCAUAACAUCAGCGCUCACGGCGCGGCGGGCGGAUACCCCCCGAACUACCACGCGCCGCACGCCCCGGUGCCUCCCGUGACCGAGAAACAUCCUGAUGCUUACGGGGCCGCAGCUCCGAUAGAAGGCGCGUAUAAGGUGGAGUCGGCCCAUCAUCCGCAACAACACGAUGGGAUUUACUAUCAGCAAAACUCGACGAGCGAGAUGGCGCCGCCGGGCAAUCAGGACGGGUUCCUGCAGUCCAUACUCAACGACGAGGACUUGCAGCUCAUGGACAUGGCCAUGAAUGAAGGCAUGUAUACGAUGCGGAUGCUGGACGGGGCUGGGCCGCACCACGCUCCCCACCACAACCACUCCCACAUGAUGAUGACAGAGCGGGACUCCGCCUCGGACAGUGCGGUGUCCUCCAUGGGCUCCGAGAGGGUCCCGUCGCUCUCCGACGGAGAAUGGUGUGAUGGCAGCGAUUCUGCGCAGGAGUUUCACAGUUCAAAAUUCCGGCCCUACGAGAGCUCAUACGGGCGCGAGCGGUCGGCGUCGCACCAACCACAGAAGAAACAUCAUAUGUUCGGCAAGAGAUGCUUCCAGGAACAGUCCGCUCCCCCCAUGGAACCGGUGCCGGCCCCGCGACCCGCCCCCGUCAAAUACGAGUGUCCCGAGCAAGCUUACCAUCACGACAACUUGCACAUGCACAAUGCGGAGUUCGGCGCGCGACACCAACUCCCGCCCCCGCACGUGGCGAGCCUGCAACCGGCCCUCGAUCUGAACACAGCACACUCCAGCCACGCUCUGCUACAGACUGGAAUCCCAAGCCCUGUGCAGCCGACCCCACGCUUUUCCUACGCAACCCCAGAACGCGUGCGGCACAACCACACGUACAGCGCUCCCCUCGCCGCCGCUGAUCAACGGCCCGCUGCAGUCAGAGACAAGAGAGUACGGCGGCUUACGGACGGCAGCAUGUCCGAUGGCGGUUCCUCGGCAACUAGCAGCGGCCAGCAUUUGACAAGAGACGAGAAGAGAGCUAAAGCACUCGGCAUACCGCUAGAAGUGCAAGACAUAAUAAAUUUGCCUAUGGAUGAAUUCAAUGAGAGACUGUCGAAACACGACCUGAGCGAAGCCCAACUAUCUUUGAUACGCGACAUACGACGCAGGGGAAAAAAUAAGGUGGCGGCGCAGAACUGCCGCAAGCGCAAGCUGGACCAGAUCACGUCGCUGGCGGACGAGGUGCGCACCGUGCGCGACCGCAAGCAGCGCACCCUGCGCGAGCGCGCCGCGCUGCUCGCCGACCGACAGCGCCUCAAGGAGCGCUUCGCCACGCUCUACCGACACGUGUUCCAGAAUCUCCGUGACGGCGACGGUCAGCCGCUAUCGUCAUCUCAGUUUUCGCUGCAGCAAGCCGCCGACGGGAAUGUCGUGUUGGUGCCAAAGAUGCAGCAUCAUGAUCACCCAAUGAACCGGACAUCGGACGAUGACGUCGACAGGAAAGCCAAGAACUACGAACAGUGACACCCAAUGUGACAAUGACGUCACGAAACACCUCCUGUUUGGGCUUACGGGCUUACUCUAACGUAAUGAGUGUGAUGACGAGGUAUUUUGGCAAUAUGUGGCAUUAUCACCGUUAUAUGGCAAUAUUGUGUAUUAUAUGGCAGUUUGACUUAAUAUGGCAAUUUCUUAUAUGGCAUUUUUGUUAUCAAUAUGGCAUUUUUUCACUUAUUAUGGCAAUUUUUUGCCGCAUUGGCAAUGUUUUUGCAUUAGCUGCAUAUUGUCGUUAAAUAUAGCUCGUAAUUACACUUAUUAUGUUUAUCGGAGGUGAUUUUUGUGAACAAAUGGAUACUUGAAUGAUAUAAUUAUGUAGGAAUAAGUCAAUAUUAUUUUAAGUUGUUUUUUAAACAAGAAAUACGUAUAAAUCGAUGAGAAUAAGUUCUUUUUACGUAUUUCUUUAAUUUAUUUUUGCAAAAAAAAAUUAAACUUGUACUUCUUUUUAAAACCACAUCUAAGUUUCAAAAACGUAGUUUGAAAUAAAAAAAAUACUUUUGACUUAUUUCUAUAUAUGAUAAAGGUUUAUUUACGAAUGCGAAAAAAAGUGUGGACGCAAUGUAAUAGCUAUUUCAGAGAAUAGUUUGAAAUAUGAAGUACAUUUGACCGCACUUUCAUAGCAUUUCUAAAUUGGUAAUAUGGGAUGGAUAUUUGUAAAAAGCUGGUAGUAAACCUUUUUUCUCCAGUUUUUUUCCCAAAUUCCUGAACAUAAACACCGUAUUUUGCGUAAAAACUUUGAAAAAACUUAAAUGGUCGGGAAAAUGGCAUAUGUAAAGUAUUUUACAAACUAAACAAUAAUUUUUCUUUUCUUGUUUUGUAAAAUACUAAAAAAAUGGUAGAUUUUUUUCAUCACUAUACUAAUUCCUACCAUAAACGCCAUUGGACAGCUUCUAGUGAAACAAUCCAAAAAUGCUCAAAAAACUAACAACUAAUUCGCCACUCGCAAUUGCAGCCAAAAAACCUAAUCGCCAGUUGCAAUUGCUACGUCGGCUAAGAUUGUCACUGAGCUGCAAACCUCCUAAAACUAAGACAACUCGAAAUUUAUGUUUCAAAAUGAAAUGUGAUAGAAAAGAAUAAUUCCAUUUAUCAUAGACACUCAUUAGGAUUUUUUUGUUUAAAAAAAAUAAAUUGUCCGUAGACAAUCGUUUGCCAAAACUUAAUACAACGCCAUCUAUAAUUCAUCAAUAAAACCAACUACAUUAUUCGAAAUUCAAAAAUUUUCCGCGUCUGAAUUAAUAAUAAUUAUGAAGCAAAUGAUUGUCUAUGGGCACACGGACAUUUGUCUAUGCCUCGACUGAAAAACCGUAGAGUUUAACCAAACUGAUGUCUGUGACAUCGACAAUCGCAAUAAGUAUAUUAUAAACUAUUACUAACAUUUGGCAGGGUUGAGAAAGCCGAUUCAUAUGCAAUUUUGAACCAUAAAACAAUAACAAGGUAAUGCAAUUUUGAACUAUAAAAAAAUAAAGCCUUUAUGUUACGUUACAUUAAUAAUAAUAUUACUAUUAGAGCUAUAUUCGCCUUCCCAUUUAGUUUGAAAAAAAAUACUUAGUUCCCUUUAAAAAAAAAUAUCUAGCUGUAUUUACCACUUCACUUUUUAUAUGCAUGAAAAAACAUGGUACUUUUGGACUGAGCUGUACUUAACUUCCUCUUAAGAAUAAUUAAAGAAUCUUUCUUAAGAAUUAGCAAAACAGAUAAUGUAAUUACCAUCUAGUGCAGUCGCUGCCAUGUCAAUAGAGUAAUACUGCCGUGCUAAGCUCAAAAGCGGUAUCUCAAAAAAAAUAUCUUGAUUUUUAUGUCUUAUAGCUUAAAAAAAUACCCAUCCAGUGAACUUACGUAAAUAUCAGUAUCUUGUUUAGAACUUGUUAAAAAAACCUUAAAAAGUUUCUCUAUCUCAGUUUUACAUACAAAACUAUAUUUACAAAACUUUGAUUAUCUCGAAAUAAGGUUUUCCUGACAUACCGCUUUUGCGUUUAGCACGGCAGAAUAGAGAAAUAAAAAAAAAACAAUAAAAAAACAACAAAAUUUCCUAUGGGUCGGUUUUGACCUCAGUACAUUUUCUAUUCCUGCCAACUAGGUUUGAUCUAUGUUGUAUAUUUUUCAUUAUUUAUAUAAGAAUCAGGGAAUUUUAAAUUCUUGUUUCGCUGCUUCGGAUGCGACUGUGUUAUCUUUGACAGCGAUUGCGAGUGGCAACGGUUGCUAGUCGUUGUCGCGCUGAGGUGUUUGUCAACUAGUAAUAUCAAAUCGAUAAUAUUUUGUUUUUAUAGGGACUGUUUUUUUUGUUAUUUAUAUUUAUCAAAAUCAUUUUUUUUAUGUUGGCACCUCUGAUCUCCAAAGAUGGCGCAGCCGCAGUAUUGCCACACAAUAAAAAAUACUAUAUUUCGAAUACAAGUACAAAUAUUAGAGUUUUCAAAUAGUUUAUUGCAACUUAUAGUUUUGGUUAUACUUGAAUUUAAAACACUAUAUACGUCUUCGCUACGUGACCUUGAAAAACACGUCUAGAGUUCCAAUCUGGCAGAAAUUCAGCCUUGAAGUCUCCCAGUGCUUAGUAUUAAAUCAAGCCAACCUGAAAUCUAAUUUAGGUUAGCAAAAAAUAAAGCCCAUUUUCAUGUGUAACCAAAACUCGAAUUAUCUAAAUAUAUUUCAUUAUUUUUGUGGAAUCUGAUCAUGAUUACUUGUGUAAAUAAAAAUGUAUUUAAUAAAACAAUUUUUUCGAACAACAUUUUAUUAUAUUAAUGGAAAAGUCCGUUAGUGCUUAAUCAUUUUACCGAUGUGGUUUUUUUAAAAGGUUUUCGAAAUAAAUGUUUUUUUAAAUCUCGACAACGGUUACAUAAAAUAGGAUUAUUUUAACUUCAGAAUAGGAUCUAACUUUUUAUAGAAUAAAAUAAGUCCAAUAAAAUCUAUGCAAAAGAUUUGAGAGACGUAGCAAAUUAAAAAAAAAACAUUACGAAAUAUACUAUGGGUCUAAACCAUCCCAUUGCGCAGUGUCGUCUUAUGGGUCAAAAUUGACCCGUAUUUUUUUAUAUUAGUUCAAUUUUUUUACCUUAUUAUUGUACUGUGUUACACUAAGGUUUAGUAGAAUUUGUAAACCGUGGUCGAGUAAGGUGCAAUGUAAUUACAGCUUCUUAAAAACAGAAAAUAAAAAAAUACAUAUUUAUAUUUAUUAUUAAGUAAGUUAAGUAGGCGACGGGUAAAGCAUUUUUCUUUUAAGUUUUUUUUUUAUUUACCAAGCUGAUUGUACAAAGGCUGUGGGUAUCUUACAUUUGAGGCGAAAAUAAUUUAGGUCACUAUAGGUUUUGGCCGUUAAGUAACAGUAGAGUAAGCAAUAAUUAGCAUUAACUUUGCCCGGGCAAUGCGACCUUAAGUGACCCAUUUCUUGCUUUGUUAACAUGGCCUUCGCCAGUAGCUUGGUAGCGUUUGAGGAAAAUGUAAAAAAGGGCAAAUUAAAUAGUUGCUCUGUGCUGGAAUUUCACGGGUCAGAAAUGACCCACUAGAUUUUUAACACUUGAUUUUUGAAGCGCAGGCCGCAAAUUCACGAGGUUUCAUUGUAAAUCCAGCGCAGUUUUAUUUUUUAUUAAAAGUUACCACGCAUUUUUCUCUGUCGCUCACCAUCUUUGUAUUGUUCUUUGUCAUUGACAGCUGUUAAAUUAUUUAGAACAAAUAUAAGUAGGUUUAAUUUAUUGUUUUAUAAAAAUUGCAAAAUUUUAUAUUUCGAACAAGACUUAUAAAAACUUAUUUUGUUAAAGCGCCACUGACUUUAAAACUUUAAAAAUAAGAGUGGAGUUAUUUAAAAAUCUAAAAAUGAUUAUUAAAAUGUCCGGGUCACUUUUGACCCAUCAUUUUGACAGCUGUCAAUGGUAAAACAAUGCUAACUGUAAAUAGCUUUUGAGGUGUAAUCUAGUUGUAACGCGAAACUGUUGUAAAAUAUAUCGUGUAAGUUUUACUUUUUUACUUUAACAUCUAUAUAGGGUAACAUAGAGUAAGGAACUUAAUAUAAAACUAUGAAAUUUUA